AUGGGGGUGCCAGAGCGGGCUCACGGGGGCCAAGAGGUUGGGUUGCGGCUUGUUCUCACCACGGCGCAGUUCGUCCUGGCAAACCAGGGCCAGGCCUGCACGGGCAAGGUGCCAGCCGGCUCCGUGACGGCAACAGAGCGCGUUGGUGACUCUGCCGCUUGCAGCACCGACCAUCCAGACCAAGAUGGACCACGGGCGCAGCAGAAGCUGGCGGAGGACGUCCUGGAGAACCACUGCCAGCCGGCCGCUCCGGACUGCGCGGGUGGCGCGCCGUACUCGCAGAAAACAAGCGUGGACGCGCUGUCUGCGAAGGGAGCCAACUCUGUGAGGCUAACCCGGACGCAGCGCCGCAGGAUGCAGCGCAAGGGCUUGGAGAGCCAGUCGGGCAGGGAUAGCCCUGAGCCAAUCGUCGGAGAAGCAGGAACGGCACAACCAUAA